CUCAAUCAGUGUUGGUCGAUGCCAAUUCAUUAAAAAUUGAUUCCGAUAAGUCGUCUCCAUUCCACUUAUAACUAAUUGAAAUGACGACAGUAAUCUCGGGGUGUUAAGUGACAUCGACAAAAAACCGUUCAUCGAGGAGGCAGAACGGCUGCGCAUCAUCCACAAACGGGAGCAUCCAGAUUACAAAUACCAACCGCGCAGACGCAAACAGAACAAGCAGCAUGAGAACCCUGGCGGGAUGCACCAUCAGCAUCAUCAUCCUUUGGUAUUCUCAAGAGGUCUUAAGCAGGAAGAAUCUCCUUGCAGUCCUCGAAGUCGCAGUAGUACCUCUCCUUCAACGUGUUCAUCGCAACCAAAUAGCCCGGCUCAACAUGUGCAAAUGAUCAAAAGUACUACUUGUUCUGGUGUGGAUCAACAUCAUCCUGCUAUGGACGGAAUUAGUGGGUAUGCUGACAAAGGAUAUCAACGCAUUCCAGAAAUUGAUCCAGCCUACAUCCCUGACGACUGCCUGGACAGCAACGACCUGGACCAGUACCUCCCCUCCGAGAGUCAGUUCCAGUCGUACCAACAGGCUUUUAUCAAACACUCACAGGAAGAAGACAACAACAAUCACAAGAACAAACGAUUGUGCGGGGGAGGGGGAGAAGUGGUACAGCAUCAGGCUGGGGAAAUGUGCGAUGAGGGGUUCGGGAGGUACCAGGACAUGCAGACUGGGAGUAACAGUGGAAGUAGCCCAGCCUCGGUGAAAACGGAGAGAUAUCUCCAUCACCAAAACUCCACGAGUAUGUACCCGUACUCACCAGUUAGUUCGACGUACUAUACGGGUAACGGGCACCAAUACCUGCCAUCCUACCAGUACCUGCCCCAAAGGACGAUGUUCAGUGGAUCGACAACUAUCACAAACUACACCUCGUCCACAGUUGAAACUAACAGUAACGAACAUUGGGGGCCUUAUAGUAUGUAAAAGCGGAAACUUUAGUUUCAAUUUUAGCACAAACCUCAUUUUCUAAGCAAGAACUGAGGAGUGCUUGAGAUGUCGGAGUAGAGAAAGAAGUUAUAAUAAAGGGUGCCCCUUAUCCCGCCUUUACCAUAUCGGUUCACGGGGCCUGUACGCAGGGCUCCGGCUUAAUAGAGCGGCCCAAAAUGCCCAAAAAUCAAACAAAAUUGCCAAAAAGAUGUGUUAGUGAACAUUUACGUCCCAACAACGUAAUUUUCAUGGAAAAAAUGAGGAUGACAAUAAAUAAAUUCUCAGGUCUCUACAUAAUAUAAAAUGUUUAAGUAAUUGAAAAUGGUGCCAGUGUAUUCCAAAAUAAUAUACUUAUACCUUAUGCCUUAUGGGACACCCUUUAUGUACGAAACUGUGCCUUCAGGUUUUAAACGUUGGAACGUCGAAUGAACACAAAAAUUCGAAAACUGCUACUUAAGGUCGAAAAACCUGAAACUGGACAAAAGUACCUAAAUGAUAAGUUGUUCACCGAAUACCAGACUACGUUCUUAAACAACUUUUUUUUAUUUUCCCGAUUUCAAAUUCUUGUUUGAAUUUAAACGUUGUGUUCAUAAGUUCGUAUUAAUGAUGAAAAUGGGCAUUCUCAUGUACAAACAUUUUUUUUGAAUCGUUAUACUAGAUAAGUUUAAGUUAUGAAAAAUGACCUGCCAAUAUGAACUUCAAUCCAUGACAAAGCGACCAUGACAAAAAUUAUUAGUUUAUGUAUCAUUUAAAACAUGGAGCUUGCCUCCAUGGUAUUACUGUUGAUUUUACAAUCUUAUUCUCAAAAUGCACUGUUUUAAGUGUAACCUGUAUAUAGUUCUAGUUAGAUCUAGCAAUCGUAAGUUUCUUUUAAGCACUAUAUUUACCUUAUAAUACAUGUUAUUUAAAAAGUUGUUUUUAUUUUACGC